GGGUUGGCUUUGCUUUUGCCUUGCCCAUAUGAUGCCCUAUCAAAAACUAUUAUGGAAGCCUCAUAGCUAACGAGCGCCUGCCGAUCUUUUUAUGGACCUAUCUUGAUAGGUUUUUUCGAUCUUUUUGACGACCAUGUCUGGAGAAACACUCGAGGAACGCGCUGAAAAGGACGCACUUGAUACCGCCGACGAACCUCUGAGCCAGAUAAGUGAUCAAGACUCCGAGUCAUAUAUUACAACUCGACUUGAGCUGUGGUCCUUUUAUCUCUAUUAUGUGGGGAAUAAUGGCUUAUCUGGUUUCAAUUUUGGACCGUCUCAGUUCCAAAAUUUACUUUUCUUGGCUGGCUAUGACCCCACCCAACCUGCUUGGACCUCCGCUUGCACUAGUGACUCAGGCUGUGUACUCCCUUAUCUUGGCCAAAUUCGAGACAUCAACUCAAUUGUGUUACUAACUAAUGGAAUCAGCUUUGCGAUACAGGCUGUUUUGUUAUUAACUAUCGGAGCCUGGGCAGAUUAUGGUCGGUGGAGACCCAAUAUUACCAUUGCUUUCACUCUGGUUGCUAUCGCUAUUUCUUUUGCCUGGCUAGGCGUUGAGGACCCUUCCCAAUGGCAGGCGGGUGUGGCCCUGUACAUUCUGGGCCUGAUCACUUACCAAGGUGCUUUAACUUUCUGGACAGCAGCAUUUCCUGGACUCGCCCGACAACUUCCCGAAGUAAAGAAAUCCGCAGAGCAAGCUGCAGAAGGAAAUAAGAGCAUCGAGGAACAUGCUGCAUACGAAUCCCUGGCUCGCAAUCGCGUGUCGAACAUAUCUUUCACUGUUUCCUCUGCUGGCGAAAUACUUGUACUCGCAGUCAUGGUAGGAAUUAUCAAAGGCCUCAAGGCUGGUGACAGCGUAGAAAACAAUACUAAGACAUUCAGUGUCCUUAUCGCAUUUUCUGGCGCUGUAUGGUUGAUCUGUGCAAUACCGUGGUUUAUCUUAGAAAAGCGCAGGCCCGGACUAGCACUGCCACCAGGCACUUCGUUCUUGACAAUUGGAUUCAAACAAACAUAUAUUGCGUUUCGCGAAUGUCUCAAACUCAAACAAACAUUUCUGUAUCUUAUCUUUUAUUUCCUCAUGGGCGACGUACUAAAUACCACCGUCACAGUUAUAGGGACAUUACAAAAUAGUAUUGUUUCAUACUCUACACUGCAAUUGACUCUUCUUCUGCUUGUUGGAAUAGUAGCGCAAGGUUUGGGGAUUUAUUUGUUUUGGAUUGUUCAGAAGAAAUGGAAGAUUUCUACCAAAGCGAUGCUUUCCUUCAAUGUGUUCUGGAUAUUGAUAUUGACGAUCUGGGGUCUUAUUGGAGUUCAUACCAAUAAGUUCGGAUUCAAACAUGUAUGGGAAAUAUGGUUAUACCAGGUCUUUUAUGGUUUAAUGGUUUGCCCCUGGUAUGCAUACAGCCAGACCAUGAUCAGUGAAGUCUCGCCUCUUGCACAAAUGUUCCUUUUCUUUGCUCUCUUCUCCGUCGUAGGUAAAACAUCUGCAUUCAUAGGGCCUUUGGUAUCUUCAGCAAUUAUAACGGCCGCCGACAAUAACAACAACAUGCCCUUCGCCUUUCUAUUUGGACUAGGCACCAUCAGUACCGUCUUCUUAUAUUUGGUGGACGUGAAGAAAAGCCGGAUUGAGUGCGAUGAUUUCGUAAAAGCUGAAGCGCGACGAGAAUUAUUUGAGAGUCCUUGAGAGACGGUGAACUAAAGAUAGAUGGAGUUUCUCCCCCCAAAUUUUACUUGUGGUCGCAUCA